CUCGGACGUGCCCAACCACCCCCUCAUCUCCAUCUCCCCGUCUCUCCAAACCCCCUCUUCCCCACCAGAGGAGCUGACCCUGGACCCCGACUCCGCCAACCACCUGCUGAUCCUCUCGGCCGACCUCAAGAGCGUCCGCAUGGGCUGCCGCAAGCAGGACCUGCCCGACAACCCCAAGCGCUUCGACACCAACUCGCGCGUCCUCGCCUCGCGCGGCUUCCGCUCGGGCCGCCACUACUGGGAGGUGGAGGUGGGGCCCUCGGACGGCUGGGCCUUCGGCGUGGCCCUGGAGUCGGUCCGCAGGAAGGGCCUGACCCAGUUCUCCCCCGAGGAGGGCAUCUGGGCCGUGCAGCAGAACGGGGGCCGCUACUGGGCCGUGACGUCGCCGCAGCGGACGCCGCUGAGCCCCGGCAGGAAGCUGGGCAGGGUGCGGGUCUGCCUGGACUACGAGGGCGAGGAGGUGUCGUUCUACGACGCCGAGAGCAUGGAGCACAUCUUC